CUGGGGCGGGACGGAGCUAUGGGGGUGGCGCCCCGGCCGCUGCUCUUCUGUUUGCGUUGGAAGCUCAGCUGAUGCGGGUCGGCCACUGUGUGGACGUCAGUGCGGGACAGAGGCGCGUCGCCGCUGCCGCCCAAGUAGUUGCGGCCUGCAUCCCGUAAUGCAAGAAGUCUUUGUGGGAAGCAGAGAAGCAAGCAACUGCAUUUCUUAUGCUCACCUAAACAUUACUGGAGGAUAAGCCACGUCAGUCUACAAAGAGGUUUUCAUACAAGCAAAAUAAGAUGUAAAUUGACCAAAAGUGAAGCCCAUUCUUGCAGCAAGCACUGUUACUUUCCAAGCCACCAUGGUUUACAUAUUGGAAUUUUGAAACUUAGCACUUCUACUCCGAAGGGACUUACAAAAGUGAGCAUUCGUAUGUCCCGUAUUAAAAGUACUUUGAACUCUGUUUCAAAGGCUGUUUUUGGCACUCAGAAUGAAAUGAUCUCACGUUUAGCUCAAUUUAAGCCAAGUUCUCGAAUAUUAAGAAAAGUAUCAGAUAGUGGCUGGUUAAAACAGACAGGCAUUAAAGAAGCCAUCAAAUCUCUGAAAAAAUACAGUGACAAAUCAGUAGAAAAGGGUUCUUUUUCAGAAAGUCAUAUUCUAGAUAAAGAUGAAGAUAUAGGUAAACAAAGCCUUUUUCGUUACACAAGUAGUAUAACCACAAGAUUUGGAGAGUCAUUCUACUUUUUAUCAAAGCAUAUUAAUUCAUACUUCAAACGGGAGGAAAGAAUGUCUCAAAAAAAGGAAAAUAAACAUUUCCAGGACAAACUUGAAGAUAAAAAGAUUGAAGAAGAGAAAUCGAGCUCUCCAGAUCCUGGCGUCCUGACUGAUAAGCUAGAUUCAGAAUCUUCUUUAUAUUCUGUGGACAAGCCUGCAAGUGCCAGUGGGACACCUGAGGCUCUUCCACUUUCUACUAAACAAAGUAUUGCUAACUUUCUUUCUCGUCCCACCGAAGGUGUCCAAGCUUUAGUAGGUGGUUAUAUUGGUGGACUUGUCCCCAAAUUAAAGUAUGAUUCAAAGAGUCAGCCAGAAGAACAGGAAGAGGCUAUUAAAGCUGAGCAACCCGUCAGCAAAGACAAAAAUGCAGAGGAGAAGAAGCAGUUAUCUCUUCAGCGAGAAAAGAUUAUUGCAAGAGUGAGUAUUGAUAACAGAACUCGGGCAUUAGUUCAGGCAUUGAGAAGAACAGCUGACCCAAAGCUCUGCAUUAACAGGGUUGAAGAAUUGACUUUUCAUCUUCUAGAAUUUCCUGAAGGAAAAGGAGUGGCUGUCAAGGAGAAAAUUAUUCCGUAUUUACUAAGAUUGAGACAAAUUAAGGAUGAAACUCUUCAGGCUGCAGUUAGGGAAAUUUUGGCCUUAAUUGGCUAUGUGGAUCCAGUGAAAGGAAGAGGAAUCCGAAUUCUUACAAUUGAUGGUGGAGGAACAAGGGGUGUGGUUGCUCUUCAGACACUGCGAAAAUUGGUUGAACUUACUCAGAAGCCAGUUCAUCAGCUCUUUGAUUACAUCUGUGGUGUGAGCACAGGUGCUAUAUUAGCAUUCAUGUUGGGAUUGUUUCAUAUGCCCUUGGAUGAAUGUGAGGAACUUUACCGAAAAUUAGGAUCUGAUGUGUUUUCACAAAAUGUCAUUGUUGGAACAGUCAAAAUGAGUUGGAGCCAUGCAUUUUAUGAUAGUCAAACAUGGGAAAAUAUUCUUAAGGAUAGAAUGGGAUCCUCACUAAUGAUUGAAACAGCAAGAAACCCUACAUGUCCUAAGGUAGCUGCAGUAAGUACCAUAGUAAACAGAGGGAUAACGCCAAAAGCUUUUGUGUUCAGAAACUAUGGUCAUUUUCCUGGAAUCAACUCACACUACUUGGGAGGCUGUCAGUAUAAAAUGUGGCAGGCCAUUAGAGCCUCGUCGGCUGCUCCCGGCUACUUUGCCGAGUACGCAUUGGGGGAUGAUCUUCACCAGGAUGGAGGUUUGCUUCUGAAUAACCCUUCGGCGCUAGCAAUGCAUGAGUGUAAAUGUCUUUGGCCCGACGUCCCGUUAGAGUGCAUAGUAUCCCUGGGCACUGGGCGUUACGAGAGUGAUGUGAGGAACUCCGUGACUUACACGAGCUUGAAGACCAAACUGUCUAAUGUUAUCAACAGUGCCACAGAUACAGAAG